AUGUAUUCUUCGCCGAACUCCCUUCAUUCAAUUGACCAGUGGAAAGGUUUUUUUGACAACAACAAGGGAGACGAAGACUUUUUCAAGCAUAUCGCCGUCUCUUCGGGAAUUUCUGAUAAGGAUUUUGACAAGAUUGACCAGUGGAAAGGUUUUUUUGACAACAACAAGGAAGACGAAGACUUUUUCAAGCAUAUCGCCGUCUCUUCGGGAAUUUCUGAUAAGGAUUUUGACAAGCUACGAGCAAUUUGCAAGGAGGUUCCGUCAUUGGACUACAUUUGCAUAGAUGUAGCCAAUGGUUAUUCAGAAAGUUUCACUGAGUUUAUACGCAGGGUUCGAGAGAACUUUCCCAGGCAUACUAUAAUGGCAGGAAACGUGGUCACAGGCGAAAUGCUACGAGCAAUUUGCAAGGAGGUUCCGUCAUUGGACUACAUUUGCAUAGAUGUAGCCAAUGGUUAUUCAGAAAGUUUCACUGAGUUUAUACGCAGGGUUCGAGAGAACUUUCCCAGGCAUACUAUAAUGGCAGGAAACGUGGUCACAGGCGAAAUGGUUGAAGAGCUUUUACUUUCUGGUGCUGAUAUCAUUAAGGUAGAGAUUGAACUGCAUUACAAUAUCAUUAACAGCUCAAAAGGUUCCAUUCAGGUAGGAAUCGGUCCAGGAUCUGUUUGUACGACUCGAAAGAAAACAGGUGUAGGGUAUCCACAGCUGAGUGCGGUACUGGAAUGUGCCGACGCUGCUCAUGGUCUUCGUGGGCAUGUUAUAAGUGACGGAGGCUGCACUAAUUCCGGUGAUGUUGCCAAGGCAUUCGGAGCAGGGGCUGACUUUGUUAUGAUUGGAGGUUUAUUAGCUGGUCAUGACCAAUGUGGAGGCGACAUCAUAGAACAAAAUGGGAGGAAGUUCAAACUCUUUUAUGGAAUGAGCUCAGAUACGGCUAUGAACAAACAUCAUGGAAGUGUGGCCGAGUAUAGAGCAAGUGAAGGAAGAACAACAACUAUUCCCUACAGGGGUGAUGUAAACUGUACAGUUCUUGACAUACUUGGCGGACUUCGAUCAGCUUGUACAUAUACGGGAUCAGCUAAGUUGAAGGAGCUGUCGAAAAGAACCACUUUUAUUCGCGUCACUCAACAAACCAACGACAUGUAUGUGCCAUAUGAAAUUCAAAGCAAAGUAUAA